GUGAGUGUUCCCGUGAGAAGAACUCGCAUGUCGUUGCCAUGAAUGCCUCUGUUGACACCCCCCCCCAAAGAAUCGUCCAACGCUAUGUGGUUGCCUCUGUUUUGUUUAGCAUGUAGAUGUAGCAUGUAAGCAGUAGUCCUACUUCCCCCACCCAGUCCCUCACCCCUCCACCACCGUCACCACCACCACGCCCUCGCCACCUUUUUGCUUCGAGUCCUCUCCUUCGUAUGUACAAAGAGAGAGAGAGAGAGAGAGGGAGGGGGGGAGCGGUAGCAGGAUUUGUGAUUGCUUUGUUUGGGGGUCUGAAGAGCGUCGCACCGCCGAAAGCGACGCCAGCUCGCUUAAUAGCUGCUUGGAGGUGGCCGCAGAGCCAGCUCGCCUUUCGGAAGUUCCAAGUAAUAAGCAGAGCCACGGAUACUGGAUGAUAUCAACACCAGUAAAGGAGCCAAAAGGAAGCGAAGGAGAAGAGAUACGCAUAUAUAUAAGUACGAGCGACAGUAAAGAGAGCCGAAAGGAAAGCAAAGGCGAAGAGGGGGAGGUAAUAAAAAGGAGACGAAGAGAAAAGAAGCAGCGAGAUACGCAGCUAGCACUCAUCAUCAUCAUCAUCGUCGUCGUCAUCAGUAGACGACACCCAUUUUUUACCUCCUCCUGAUAUACUCUCCUCCCUCUUCUUCUUCUUCUUUGCCUUCUUUCGUGAAGCCCACACCAUCGAGGGAGCACAGCGGUAGCGGAGCGGUGAUUCCAAGUAGGAUUAAUUCCUUCACCUUCCCCUGUUUUGAGAGAAGAAAGAGAGACUUUGGAGUGACAACUAGGCGGGAAGAUCGAGAGGAGGUAGGAGGAGUAGUCCUAUAGGUAUUCAAGAGCGGGAGGCUCGGGGAGACUGGCAGAGCAUAUACGUUAUAGGUUGAGAGAGAGAGAGAGAGCGCGAGCGAGAGAGGCGAGGAGAGGGAGAGAGUUGCUUCUGCUGGUGGUAAAGAUGAAGUUUAUGAAGCUGGGUUCCAAGCCGGAUGCUUUCCAGUCGGACGGCGGCAACAUCAGGUUUGGCCUUUCCCUUUCUUCGUGAUCGAGGGUCUGCUCAAAAUCGCUUCUUUUUUCGGAUUUUUACGAUCUUUUCUUCUUUUCGUUGUCGUGGUCUUUCUUUUGUCGGUUUGGAUCAGCUAAGGAGUUGCUUUUUAGACGUAGUUGUGUGUUCGUCUUCCAUAUCGUUCACCUACGGCGAUGGCUUUUUCGGAUUCAGUGGAUCUGAAUCACUGCCGAGUAGUUCUGGAUGAGAAGCUGGGGUAACUUUGCAAUCGCAGCACCUCGAAACAUCCUAUAGACGUCAGGCGAUCGGCAGUCAGCGAAGAAGAACACGAGAAAGUAGAGCGCAAACUGGGAGGUGCCCUGAGAGAUCUUUAGUCGUAUCUGGUUCCCUCUUGUUCCUCGUUCUCUCUCUUUUUAGGCAGAUUGUACAAUAUAGUUCGUGUAGGGGCUAAUUAUUUCUCCACCAAAGAGGAUGAAGGUGGUGAAGAGGAGAAACUCUUCCACCAAAGAUCAAAGCUUUUGGGAAAUGCAGAUUUGUGGCCGUAAGCGGUGGUGUUCCGCUGUCACGGUUGACGGAGGGAAUUGGAAUGGAGAAGGAUCGCGACAGCUUCAUCAAGAACAACAAAUCCACGCUCGGUCAGAGGCGACAGGCAGUGCUCCGACCCGGCACUGCCCAUACCCCAUGACGACGAUGCAGGAACACAUACCCUCCACAUUUUGCUUCAACUCCCACGUGAUGGAUGGACCGGGGCGAUCUGAAAGAGAGGCCGAUGUGAUGGUGAUCGCACUACUAAUAGAGGUGGAGGAGAACCAUGCGAAACAGGUCUCCAAGUCCCAUUCAGAAUGGGGCUCCUUGUCGGCGUUGGACCACAUCCCACUUGGUUUGCUGGUCCAGCAUUUUGGUGUAGGAAAUGUUUCACUAACAGCAAUUGCUGUUCUUUCUUCCACCCUCCUUUCAUUUCUACCAAUAAUGAUAUCUGUGUGCUCUUCGAUUUCGGUAAGGAAGAUCAGCUGGUCGAUGACUAAGCUGUACCGGGGAGCAGCUGUGUUUGCUUUGAUUGGCUCCUUAAGUGCGAUUACAUGAGCCUUUGCUCAUAGAUCUUACUCCAUAAAACAGUAACAUCAUCAAGUUGUCAGCCUUUGCGGGACUAACAAUAGUGAGAACUAGUAAAGUGAGUGUACUUUCAUGAUAUGUUGGUGUAUUGAUCUUAGCUUGUGGUUGUCUCUCCUUCAUACCAAUAAUCUAGCAUGGAGUUUCGGUAAUUGAUGGUAUAAGGUCAAAUUGAAUCUAUGUGUAGUCUAGAGCAAGCCAGAGAAGGAUCCUCCUGUCUUUGGCUUAUCAAGUGUAUUGGAAUAGUAAGUUAUAUAUAUAGUCUAUUAGGAAACUUCAAUUUGACUUUGUAUUGAUGUUUCUUGGGUUGUCGAGUGGAGGUCCGAUGAAAUAUAUCUUUGCAUUAAUCGUCUUAACGACUCUGUUAAGUUACAUUUGCCCACUUUCUUAUUUAUCAUUUUAGAUGAUUCUUGGGUGCUUUUUAGGUUCCACUCCAGACUUUAAUUGGAGAUGAUAUGAGGUGAGCUGAUUAAGAUUAGUGGAUGAAGCUGCCCAUAUUUGACAUUUUGUGUAUGUCCAAUGAUUUUGUUAAAUGUUUGAGGUUCCGCUUUUUUGAUGCAGUGCGAUUGAAUCGAAUUCUUGUUCAUGUUUAUGCAUCCAAAAGCGGAAUAUUAUGGGCUUAAAGAGUUGCUGAAGCAGUUGGUCAAUCGUUGAGAGGAGGACCGAGGAAAACAAACCUAACUUGCUUCGUAGACACCUCUACUUGAAUUAAAUGAUUUCUAUUAGAAAAACCUCACGGAAGUCUGUUGCUUUCACGGACCUACUAUCACUUCCAAUUCACUUGAUUUGAUCGCAACAAUUAUAUUUCUUUUUUGACACGAUAUUUGUAUAAAAUUUUAGAUUGAUGAUUGAUUCAUGCAGGUUUGUGGUGUCUGAGCUACCAACAGAUGUAAUUGUACGUGUUGGCGAAGUGAGAUUUUUCUUGCACAAGUUUCCUCUUUUAUCCAAGAGCAACCGAUUACAAGGGUUGGUACUCAAGGCUGGUGAAGGCGGCACAGAUGAAAUCUACUUGCAUGAUUUUCCUGGUGGACCAAAAACCUUUGAGAUUUGUUCUAAAUUUUGCUAUGGCAUGACCGUGACGCUCAAUGCCUACAAUGUUGUCGCGUCUAGGUGUGCCGCAGAAUACCUCGAGAUGACUGAGGAUGUUGAGAAGGGGAAUCUGAUAUACAAAAUUGAGGUUUUUCUGAACUCAAGCGUGUUACGAAGUUGGAAAGAUUCUAUUAUUGUUCUACAGACCACAAAGUCUAUGCUACCGUGGUCUGAGGAACUUAAGGUGGUUGGAAGAUGCAUAGACUGCAUCACUUCCAAAACAUCUGUAGAACCGGCUGCUGUCACUUGGUCAUAUACCUAUGACAGGAAAUUGACAGCCUCAGAUGAUAUAACUGAAACCCAAAAAAGAAUGCAUCAAGUUCCUAAUGAUUGGUGGAUCAAAGAUAUAUGUGAGCUGGAUGUUGAUCUUUACAAGCGAGUGAUGGUCGCCCUGAAAUCGAAAGGGAGGAUGUCUUCAGACAUGAUCGGAGAGGCCCUCAAGGCCUAUACGGUUAGAUGGUUGCCAGAUUCUUAUGAUGCACUGGUUGCUGAUGAUUACAUGAAAAGGAACAGGAUUCUGGUAGAAACCAUUAUCUAUCUACUGCCUUCGGAUAAGUACUCAGGGUGUUCAUGCAGGUUUCUCCUGAAAUUGUUGAAAGUUGUUAUCUUGGUCGGAGCUAGAGAUCCAUCAAAGGAAGAACUUAUAGAUCGGAUUAGUAUGCAGCUGCACAAAGCAUCUGUUAAGGACCUACUGAUUCCAGCAAAAUCAAGUGGUGAUACAAUAUAUGAUGUACAUCUGGUGCAAAUCCUUGUUGGCAAAUUCAUGAUGCAAGUUGGUAGCACUCAUGACAUGAACAUUGCUGAUGAGAGUGAAAACAUAUCUUUGCUGGCGUUAGGAAGAUUGAUCGAUGGUUAUCUUGCUGAAAUUGCCUGCGAUUCAAACUUGUCGAUUUCUAGCUUUGUCGAUCUUGCUGAGUCCAUUCCCGAUGCAGCAAGACCUGAUCAUGAUGGAUUAUACACAGCCAUCGACAUCUAUUUAACGGAACAUCGAAACAUGACAAAAGCAGACAAAAAGAGGAUCUGUGGCCUGAUGGAUGUCAAGAAGCUCUCAACAGAAGCUAGCAUUCAUGCAGCACAGAACGAGCGUCUGCCACUCCGUGUGGUCGUCCAAGUCCUUUUCUUCGAGCAGUUAAAGGCGGCAGGGGGUGCAUCAGCAGCGACCAAUGACACUUCACAUGACAGUUCGAUGAAUCGAGCCAUCUUGGAAGAAGAUUGGGAGGGAAGAGUCUCAGAGAAUGACGACAGUCUAAAGCAGCAACUAGGGAGCAUGAAGAUAAAGGCUGAUGAGUGCCAGGACGGUGACGACAAGAAGAGUGUCAAGGACAAAGGUAGUAGCUUACUACUCCUGCCAUCUAGAUCAAGGAGGAUUUUUGACAAGCUAUGGGUUGGGAAGGGACAGGGUGAGACAAUUAAAAGCUCUGAAACAUCUGGGAGUUCACAAAGCCCUCCUAUCUCUGUGAAACCUGGAGAAGCCAAAUCUUCUGGCUCUUCAAGGCACAUGAGAAACUCUAUUUCAUGAGAAAGAUUCUCAUGUAGAAUGUCUCAUGGGCACACUGUAUAGAAGAAGGUGUUUCAGCUGCCGAUCUUAAUACAUGUUUUCUGCUGGUGUUCAAACUGUUCUCGUCCUCACAAUUAAGGGAGGUCAGAAAGCAGAUACAAAUCUGCUCUAUAUCAUCAUCAUCAUCAUCAUCUUUUGAUUUAAUUUAUCGACAUCUGAUCUUUAAAGUCCUGGCAAGGAUGAUUGUGUAUGUGAAAUAACUGCAUGCGAUUGAAGGAUCAUAAGAUCAGAUUGCUUCCA